AGGGGCGCCACCUUGGUCUACAGCAACCACUGUCUGCACGUUUUCAGGCUAGUUUGGACACGGCCUCCUCCGUUUUCCUGCACAGGACGCGGAGCCCAGCCGCGGUAUAAUGGAGGAGCCCGAGCUCACGUUAGUGAGCACCAGUGACAUCAGUAUUACGGAAAUGGAUUUUUCAAACUUAACCCUAGAAGAGAGAGGAAAUGAGGCAAGAUGCUCUCAGGUGAGUGAAUUUCUGCCUCUCGUAUCAGAAACGGAAGCCUCACACCACCCCCCUGUGUCGGAGCCUCCUUUGGGGAAGCCAGCGGCGUUGGCAGAGACCCCGCCAGCCUUCAUGGCUGCGCCAGGGAGCUUACAAGAGGCAUUUGUGAAGAGGAAGAAAAAAUUUAUAGAGCGGUCCUUGCAGAGGCAAGAAGAAAUAAGAAAGAAAGUUCGGGUCUCAGGAAAUUCUCAGAGCAGCACCACUGCAGGCCCUCUGCGCGCAAGCAAAGGCAGAGCUGCACUCGGCGAGGAGUGGAGGAGCGCAGCAUCCGCCGAGCCCCGGACGGCGCUCCGAUACAGCCAGUUAGCCGAGGUCAAACAGCAGAGGAAGAAAAAGCAAGCAGGAAGCUCAUGCCCAUAA